AACGAAACAGGCGUACGGUACCAGUGAAUAGUCAGUCAGCUAUUGAAAAAUAGCUACAAGACAAAGAACUAUUUUUAGUGUUGGAAAAUAAUUUUUGUAUUAUUCUCCAGAGCCGUAGGCUGUAUUCAGUGUACAUACUUUGUGCGUAUUAUUGCAAGGAAAUAAUGAAGUCCUUUAUGGGUCUGGAUAAUUGCGCCUACGUUAUUUUGCUCUUCGUCUUGCUAGCAAAGUUCAGUGCAGCAGACUUGGAGCAGGCGAAGAAUCGGCGCGGCACCUCGGGACUUUAUGCGUUUCCACGCGUGGGACGCAGCGAUCCGAGUCUGGCCAACAGCCUGCAUGAUGCCAACGAUGCUGCAGUGGCCUUUGACAAUAUUUACGGCAAUGGUGGCGUUGCCUCCCUGGAGGACUACGAAGAAUACCCGAAGAAUGAAUUCAAGCGCGCUAGUCUAAUUGCUUUCCCGCGUGUGGGACGUGGCGAUGCCGAAUUGCGUAAAUGGGCGCAUUUAAUGGCCCUACAGCAGGCGCUGGAUAAGCGCACCGGACCGAGCGCAUCGUCGGGCUUGUGGUUCGGACCACGUCUGGGCAAGCGUAGCGUCGACGCCCAUGAGUAUCAGGAAGCGGCCAAAGGACAAAAGGAACUGUACUAGAUGCCCCAAAAAUUUCCUACACACUCUCGCAUCCACACUGGACCCCCGAAAAUCAUGCACAUGGACUAUGAUCAGAAAUAUGUUUAGAGAUAAUGCACGCAGUAAGGUAUCGAGGCACUUGUACUUGUAGGUAAAACCAAUCCGUUUUUUGCACCUUAUUUACAUUUCGGAAGUGCUACAGAGAGAUCAGCUAUUUAUGGAACAUUUUUAACGGCUAUAUAACAAAUAUGUAUAAUCGAAAUUUCAUGAAGAAAAAAAAAAACAAAAACAAGGUGCCACUAAGAACUGGCGCCUCAAUGGGCUGGUGGGGGCUUUCAUUGAAGUGUAAUGUUCAAUGUUCGGUUCAAUGAAAGUCUUUGAAAAUAUUCACACACACAAUUUUACACUUGAACUUACGCUCUAUUCAAUUAAAGGAAAUGCCUAAAUACUUAUGUGUAAAUAAUAUUGUUACAUACUUAUUUGUGAUGCUCAAAGUUAAAAGCACAUUUAAUAUGCACAGGAAGAUAAAGAAAACCAAAUAAACUACAGCUGCAUGAA